AUGUCUGAACCUCAGCCCGAUACCUUGAGGAACUCCCGAUUCACCUACCGACAAUUGCAAGGAUUACGGCAUGGAUCCACAGCAACGCCUUUGCGCGUGAUUGCGCACAUCGACCUCGAUGCCUUUUAUGCACAAUGUGAGAUGGUCCGCCUGGGAACUCCGCGAGAAAAGCCUCUAGCUGUGCGACAAUGGGACUCGUUAAUUGCCAUCAACUACGCCGCACGCCCAUUCGGAAUAAAUAGAUUGAUCAACGUUGCCGAGGCAAGGAAACUGUGUCCAGAUCUGAUCUUACAACAUGUGGCGACUUUCAGAGAGGGAGAGGGAGGACGAUGGGCAUACAGGGAUGACUCUUUUCGCAAUAUCAGCACGGACAAGGUGUCGCUGGAUCCGUACCGAGCGCAAUCGCGAAAGAUCCUUCAGACCAUGAAAGAAGCCCUAGCUAUAUGGGAUGCCAAUGAUGAUGAUCAUGGGCCCAAACGCCCGAAACAAGAGCUCGCUGCGGGGUUGGAAAAGGCGAGUAUCGAUGAAGUUUUCAUUGAUUUGUCCCCCUUGAUAUACAAGGCGCUUCUCCGGAGAUAUCCGGAGCUUCAGUCGGGCACACAAGACGAAAAUAGGGAUGGAGAGCUGCCUAUUCCCCCAACUACAGCACUGCAGUGGAACACCGACUGCUUGGUGGAUUUGGAUGAACACGAAACGGAAGAAGAUGACCCGGACUGGGAUGACGUUGUAAUGUUGAUAGGAUCCGAGAUUGUACGAUCGGUGCGGGACGCUGUUUGGGAGAAGCUUAGCUACACCUGUUCAGCCGGACUUGGCCGCAACAAAAUGAUUGCCAAGCUGGGAAGUUCAUGCAACAAACCCAAUCUGCAGACCGUGGUGCGGAAUCGAGCGGUGCAGAAAUUCCUCGCUGGUUACAAAUUCACUCAGAUUAGAAUGCUUGGUGGCAAACUUGGUGAUCAAAUCACUGCCUCGUUCGCAACGGAGAAAGUCAGCGAACUUCUCAAUGUGUCACUUGAGCAGUUGCGAACCAAGCUGGACGACCACACGGCGACGUGGCUCUACGGUAUCAUCCGUGGAGAUGACCGUAGCGAAGUCAAUCCCCGAACCCAAAUUAAGUCUAUGCUAUCUGCCAAGUCUUUCCGUCCAAGCAUUAGCUCACUUGACCAAGCGGACAAAUGGCUUCGCAUUUUCGCCGCCGAUAUUUAUGGCCGUCUUGUGGAGGACGGCGUGCUUGAGAAUAGACGUCGUCCGAGAGUAAUCACGCUGCAUCAUCGAACCGUCCAAUCUCGUUCCCGUCAAACCCCAAUCCCGGGAUCCAAUGCGAUUGACGAAGAACUACUUUACGAUCUGGCAAAGACUUUGCUCCGUCAAGUCAUGGCCGACGGGCAGGCAUGGCCAUGUUCGAACCUAUCGCUGAGUGUGUCCAGCUUUGAAGAAGGCGUGAGCAACAAUAAGGCUAUCGAAAGCUUCUUAGUUCGUGGUGACAAGGCGAAGGCCCUGAGUCAUGUUGCAAGACCUCGCGAUACUGAGAAUUCAUUCAACGAACAACCUCCGGCAGACAAAAAACGGAGACUAGAUGGGGGUCAAAUCAGGCAGUUUUUCGGGCACUCACCGGAAGGUACCGUUGCAGAGGGUCAGGAAAGUCCCAAGCCACAUGAAACGGACUCUGAAGAGGCUGGAAACCCUCGGUUCACAUGCCCGCGGUGCUCUAAAUCGAUGUUUGAGCAUGAGAAAGAGGAACACGAUGAUUGGCAUUUUGCCAAAGAUCUUGCAAACCAGGAACGCGAGGAGUCGAGGGCUUCUCAGUCACUUCAAGCCGCAAAACCCAGCGCUCGAGGUACCGCGCCUCGUGGAAGAGGUGGCCGGGGUGGUGGUAGCCGUGGCAAGCCAGAGAAGGGGCAGAUGCGACUUGCUUUCCAAUGA